AUGACAACGCCUAAACGAGCUUCUCGACCCUCGACUCCAUCCUCGUCCAACCAACCGACGCCGACUCCUGCACGUACACCUUUGACUCAUACUCAUCAUAAGACAGCAGAUGAGCUCGCCGCUGAAGAAGCAGCUUCUAUCCUCCAUACGCCAACAGCACGCCUACGAGCUUCUGGGUCAGCGACGUCAGUCGGUAGUGAGCUGGAGACAGGUAGUGCGAGGGCUUUGAGACAUAGGAGGUUGAAUGAAGUUCGAGAAGCCGCUGAAGGAGAUAAAGAAGACUCAAAAUCCAUCACAUCCGAGACCAGUAAAUCAAGAGAAGGAACAGAUGACGAAAAUGAUGAUGCCUCGAAACUACUCGAUGGCUCUGUUCAAGGUGAUGGACCGUCCGGAUCAAUUGUCAUGGAUGAAGAAGAAGAUAUACCUCCUUCAGCAGGUUUGUCCACUGGUCAAAUUUUUGCCCCGUUAUCCCCUUCCGCUUCAAGUUCCGCGAGAAAUCAACAAUCUGUUUCAGAUUCGCAGUCAGAUGAGGAUGAUGAAGAUGAUGGAUCGAGUACUGUUUCAGCUUCUUCAUCUUCGUCUGCUUCCUCCUCGAAUACCUCCGAUUCGGAAGAUGAAGAUGAUUCAGAUGAUGAGCAAAUGGAAAGAUUGCUGCAAGCUGCUAAAGCUGCCGCUAUAGCCAAAUCGACUUCGUCUAAUGGCAAAGGAAAGGAAAGGGCGGAUACAACACUAGAUCAAGAUGACGAAGUGGUGCUGCAAUUCGAUGAGGAUCAAGUAGAAAAGAAGAAGGAUGCACCCAUUCCGGACUUGUCCGUACCGACCUUACCUCGAGCCCACCUCUCAUUCACUAAAGACGGUAAAGCUUUAGCACAUACGAGAUUACCUGAAGUGACAAGGGCCGGACCUUCGAGACCACCCAUCGAGGGCAAAAAGAAGGAGAUUCCAGUACCUGAGCUAGACGAUAGACCUUACGAGAGGCAAUUGAGCAAACGUGAGAAAGCGGCUCAACCACGAAAGGCUACUACUUCAGAACUAUGGGCUAGUAUCCCUACACCCAGAUCAGAUUUCUUACCUCAAAUGAAGAGGGAUUACCAAGCUUUAGCAUUGGCGAACAGUUUGGAUCCCAAGAGAUUCAUGAAAGGUGGUAGUAGAUCCGACAAAAUCCCCGAAUCUUUCGCGAUUGGAACGAUGGUGGACGCUCCUCGCCAUUUGCAAGAUACUACCUUGACUAAAGAGAGGAAAUACAGAGCUGGUCAGGUCGUUCAAGGUUUGAUCAUGGAUGACGGUACUGGAGAAUACGCCAAGAGGAAAUACGGUGAUCUACAAUGGAGUAGGAUGGAAAACGGUCGAGGUAAAUCGUUCAAGAAGAAUAAGAAGUGGUAA